AUGGCGCCACCGGCAGCGAUUCGGUGGUUCGCGGUUGUUUCAGCUCUAAUGCUGUGCCAUCUCAUCACUACGUCGACGGCCAUCUACUGCGACGAGGAUGACUGCUACGAUCUCCUAGGGGUUACGCAGAGCGCGAAUUCUUCGGAGAUCAAGAAAGCUUAUUACAAGCUCUCCUUGAAACAUCACCCGGAUAAAAAUCCGGAUCCGGAAUCGAAAAAGCUGUUUGUUAAAGUUGCCAAUGCUUAUGAGAUUCUGAAGGACGAGGCCACUCGGGAGCAGUACGAUUACGCCAUUGCACAUCCGGAGGAGGUAUUUUACAAUACAGCCCGCUACUAUCAAGCAUAUUACGGUCACAAGACGGAUCCUCGUGCUGUCCUGGUUGGCCUUCUUUUGAUUCUUUCAGCAUUUCAGUAUCUAAAUCAGUGGACAAGGUAUAAUCAGGCUGUGGACAUGGUCAAGAAGACUCCUGCUUACAAAAAUAGACUACGGGCUUUGGAACUUGAGCGUAGUGGGGGGACUACAAAUAAGAAGAAGAGUAACAAGCAGAUGAACAAGAAAGUGGGGGAAGAUCUCGGUAACGAACUCGAGUUGCAGAUUAAAGGAGCUGAACAGCCCUCCAUGUGGGAUCUUCUUGUUGUCCGCUUCAUACUCCUACCCUACACUAUUGGCAAGCUAUUAUUAUGGUGUGGCUGUUGGUUCUGGAGAUACAAGGUGAAACAAGCGCCAUAUUCAUGGGAUGAUGCCUCCUACCUGACACAGAGAUCCCUUAAUGCGCCUCUUGAUGCAUGGAGAAAUCUUGCUUUAACCAUUCACCAUGAACCUACACAAAACCUUCCAUACAAGAUGCUGCAACCUCAGAUCUUAAUUGAUAAAACGACUCAAGAAAGGAAGAUCUUAUUCAUAAACGUUUAUGGGAAAAAUCGAACUUGGAGAACUACCUUGCUGAGAUGCGAAAAGAAUCCAAGCGUAGAAGACCAAUACAUGGAAGAGUUAACCAAUAUUUUUGUUGAAAUAGCUGAGUGGUGGAUGGAAGGCAGGAGGAAAGUUAUAAGGCGAAGUUGA